AUGCUAAGACAAUAGGCGAUUAAGAAAAGACAAGUUUCUCCAAAUGAAUUGUGGGAAAAAGCUAAGCAAUGUUGUAAUCUCUUAGAAAACUCAAAAGUUGAUUCUUAGAAUUUAAUUCAUGUGUCUCACCUAAAUGAUUAAAUUUUAGAUAUAUCACAACCUCCAAAACCAAGAAAUGUGUAUUUCAUCUCACCUCACAACUCUGAUACAGAAAUCAAACAAAAGAAACUGAUCUCGAUUCAAAAGCCCUUAACAAUCUUAUCAAAAGACUUAGGUUUGGUAGAGUGCAAACAUAAACUAGAUCUUUGUUUCGAUCUACAUAGAGAAUGCAAACAUCAUCCAUAGGCAAAUAGAUUUAAAAGAUUGAAUUGA